AUGAGCUUAGCUGAAAAGAAUUUCGACCUGAGAGAGCUUCAUAAGCUAGAAGGCCACACUGAUAGGGUGUGGUGUGUGUCUUGGAAGCCGGGCACUGGCGUCGGCGGAGUCCCGGCCGUACUCGCUUCUUGUAGCGGUGACAAGACUGUUCGUAUUUGGGAACAGAAUCUCGCCACCGGCUCAUUCGAGUGCAAGGCAGUUUUAGAUGAGACGCACACGCGGACAGUUAGAUCUUGUGCAUGGUCUCCCUCAGGAAAAAUGCUUGCAACUGCCAGUUUUGAUGCUACAACUGCUCUGUGGGAGCAAGAUGGUGAUGAUUAUCAAUGCAUUUCCACAAUUGAGGGCCAUGAAAACGAAGUAAAAUCUGUUGCCUGGAAUGCAUCUAGCACACUGCUUGCCACUUGCGGACGAGACAAGACUGUUUGGCUGUGGGAGAUUAUGCCUGGUAAUGAGUGUGAAUGCCUUGGUGUGCUGACAGGACAUACACAGGACGUAAAAAUGGUUCAGUUUCACCCGAAUUUGGAUGUUAUAUUCUCGUGCAGCUAUGAUAACUCUAUUAAGGUUUGGACAGAUGAUCAUGAUGAUGAUUGGAUGUGCGUUCAGACGUUAGAUGAAACAAACAAUGGACAUACAUCUACUGUAUGGGCUCUUUCCUUCAAUGCGACUGGAGACAAAAUGGUAACUUGUAGUGAUGAUCUUACCUUAAAAAUUUGGCGUGCUCCUGGAUUAGAGAGGAUGCAAUGCGGUGAUGGGUAUGCGCCUUGGAGACAUAUCUGCACUCUUUCUGGAUAUCAUGAUCGAACUAUAUUUUCGGUUAAUUGGUCAAGAAGAGAUGGAAUAAUUGCUAGCGGAGCUGCUGAUGAUGCAAUACGUUUAUUUGCUGCGGAUGGUGAUGAGGAUGAAGAUAAGGAUAAGGAAGAAGAAGAGGAGGGUGAAGAUGUUUUGUAUGAUGGACCCAAGUAUCAUUUGCUUCUGAAGAAGGACAAGGCUCAUGAUAUGGAUGUAAAUUGUGUCCAGUGGCAGUUGCCAGAGGUGUUUCAUCCUUCUUUUCCGGAGAAGAUGCUUCUUGCUUCUGCCAGUGAUGAUGGAACAAUCAAGAUAUGGGAGUUGACAUCCGAAGCUGGGCUUGGAGAACCUACACAAUAGAUAUUGUUGCUAAACUGUUACAGGUUGUGAUUUCUUGUUUGCAAUGUAGAAAUAUUAUCAACGUCAGUGCCAUAAGUCAUUAACUGCAGAGAUAAUCCAUUGUGAAUGCUGUGACAUUCUUGUUCAAAAUUAUGGAUAGAGUCUAGGAAUGAAAAGAAGAAUAUGAUACACCCUUUUAACUAAGCAACCCCUUUGCUGAUCUCUUCUACUUUGUCAUAUUCUUUGCUUUGAUUAGUCUUGGCAAAGCCGUUGUUUGGUCUUUUUCAUUUUUAAAUUUCUUUUUAUUUGUUUUUUCCACCCCGAAUGUCAUAUUGGAAUUUUCCUUUUGUCAGAUUGGAAUUCUCCUUUUCUCUCAAGCUUUAAUUAGUGGUUCCUUCUCAUCACAAGCUUGAAAUCGGGUCCAGCCUCCUUACAACAGAUCUAAGCUAGACAACCUAAGUUUGAUUCAACAAGGCUAUGACUAUAUUUUAGACAUUUACGAGAUAUUUGAAAUUUUUGUACAGAGUCUUUCAGCUCAAAAAGCUACCUGCUUGCCAUGAAAUUCACUUGGAUUCAUGGCCUAAAAAUACCAGUAUCUCCAUGUAGCUAGUAUGCUACAAGUCAUCAAUAUUGAACCUUUGCAGUACAGAAAUUGAACUGAAACUGAUCAGAAUCCACGUGUAUCGUUUAUUUACUUUUAUCAUUCAAAUGUGCAACAACAAAAUCAUUAUGAUGACAGUCUUCUCUAGUUCAACUGAUAAAGGGAAUAAUGAAGCUCAACUCUUGAUUGAUAAAGGGAAAAAAAAAAAAAAAAGGAGUACUAACAACUGUUCUCUAUUCUUAAUCUGGUGGAAUGGGCUUUUCUUCCUUCUUCAACCAAUGCUGCUCGAGCUGACAUGAUACUUGUAUUCACUACUGCUGCAUCAAAUACCCCACAAUCAAUCCAAUCCUUCAGCAGCCCUUCUUGACCCCACAUCUCCGGAAUCCAUACCUGACCCGCCACUUCAACCCGAUGUCUCUUUAGUCUCUCCCGUCCGGUGACCUCCUCCGAUGUGGUCACCGGAAGUCCGGCCGCUUGAUGAUCCUCUGUUUUCGUCCGUACAUUUUCCUUCCUCGACGGGCUUACUACCCCCGCCAAAGAAGACUGGUGCUUCUCCAACACCUCAUUCCUGGUUUCACGAAUUGUUUCAUCAGCCGGCCGAUGAUCGGACUCAUUUAUCUUCCGGCGGGCCGUCAGUUUCACUGGUUCUUGAUCAGAUUCAGAAGAGCUCUGCGUGGCCAUGGAGCAACAACUUGCAAUAAUCCCUUUUUUCAUAUAUAUAUAUAUAUAUAUAUAAAUAUGCGAUGGGCAAAAAGAAUGAAUGAAAAAAUAUAGGUAAAAGAAAAUCCUGCUCCUCAGAAGGCAAAAUCUAAACCGAGUGUUGGAGAAUACAUGAAGGGGUUCAUCAAAAGCUAUGAGGAGGGAAUAUAAAGGAGGGAAAUCAAAAUGGGUGGGAGUUUCGGUUUACACGUCACACCCCAAAGUAUUUCUUUUUUAAUGGCGUGGGACAGAUAUACGUGUCCUGUUAUGUCAAUGUAAUGUGUGAUAUUGUUGAUUCUAAUAAACUUUUGUGUGGUUUACUUCAAAGCUUUUUGGGAAGGGAGAAAAAAAAAGAUAACACAAAAAAAAGGAAGGAAAAAGAGAGGCUGUGAGCAAUGGGGGGGAGUUUUAAAGAUACGUCAUAAUAAUAUUAUUAUUGAUUUUUUGUUUGGGAGAUUGGGGGGGGAUUGUGAGGUUGAUGUUUGAUUUGGCAAGUUUUGGGUUGAUUUUUAAGAAGUUUGGGGCAGGCAACUUGGUGUCCUUUGGAGCCAAUAAGGGUGGAGAUUUUGAUCCAAAAAAAAAGAGGGUGCUUUUUGGAAUUUUAGUCCACAACAGGUUAAGUUGGCAAUUGGGGCCAAUCACUAAAUAUGGAGAUGGAGACAACUUGGCUUUUGGAAUUGGAAGAAGAAGAAGAAAGAAAGAAAAAGAAAGGAAUUGAAGAAGCAGAGAGAUAUUUUGGAGAAUAAGCUCGGAGGAGGAGGAGGAGGAGGAGGAGGAGGACCAUUCGUUUUCUGUUUCUAUAUUUGUUAUAACCUCCUUUAUUCCAUCUUUGAUGAAGACAUGAUUGCAGUCAAGCAGCCAUAUUGCUGUAGACUGUAGACC